AGAAUGAAAAAAAUCACCGUCUUUGGAAAGCUUGACGGACUACUGCACAUGUGACCAUCAUCGUGUGAUAUGUGACUUUUCUUGCCUGAUAUGACCUGUAGGAUAACACAAGAUCUGAUAAAUUCACUUACCUGUACAGAAUGGCUGGUAUGAAUCUCCUACCAAGGAACCACAGUGAAUUCCACUCGCCUCAAUAUUGGGAUCAGUUUUUCCAGAAAAGAGGAACUAAAGCCUUUGAAUGGUACGGCGAGUACCCAGAAUUAUGUGGGAUUCUACACAAAUACAUCAAGCCCAAAGAUAAGCUCCUUAUGAUUGGAUGUGGUAACUCCCAGCUUAGUGAAAAUCUCUAUGAUGUCGGCUACCACAACAUCAUCAACAUUGACAUAAGUGACACAGUCAUUCGUCAGAUGACCGAUAAAAAUAAGAAAUGUCGUCCUGAUAUGAAGUUUGUCAAAAUGGAUGUCAAGAAGACAGAUUUUUUGGAUGGCGAGUUUGGAGUUGUCCUGGACAAAGGAACCUUGGAUGCCCUGAUGGUGGAUGACAGUGCUGAUGUGGUGGCUGAUAUUGAUGCCAUGUUUACAGAAAUCGGGAGGGUCCUGAAACAGGGAGGGAGAUACAUCUGUAUCUCUCUGCUACAGGACCACAUCAUGAACAAAGUCCUUCAAUUCUUCCCAGACCUUGGAUGGCCAUUAAGGAUUCACAAGGUUAACACUGAAGACUCCGAGAAUAAAGACAAGGAAUUCAACAUGCCUGUAUUUGCUGUUGUCCUUACUAAAUUCAAGAAGCUACCAAAUAUGAAACAGAUCCUGGAGGUGGGAGCAAGUGAUGAUAAGGUGGAGCGGAUGGAGUCCACAGAGAAGAUGCAAACAGUCUUGAAAGAGAUGCAGUACUAUGCUUUAAUGAGGCAACAGAUCAAGAAAAGGGAGAUGGUUGGAGAACAGGUGUCUCUCAGUCUGUACAGUGAAGUGUCCCUUGCCCCACGCUACACCCUAUUCAUAGUGGACAGUGCUGACCAGAAACUCGCCAACAAAUUCGGAAUAUUCAUUGUACCGGAGGGCAGAGAAACAGAGUGGAUGUUUAGUACAGAAGAGGGCAGACAGCAGCUUUCUGAGUCGGCUGGAUUUUGUAGACUAGUGGUGAUUACUCUCAACCGAGCUCACACUUAUGAAACAUUGGAUACUAUCAAAUCAGAGUUAUCUCCUCAUGUCCUAGAACUGGCACCACCAAAUUUCAAAUCAGGAUCACAGGUGCCUUACCUAUCACUAGGCGAUCAGAAGGGCAGCAGGACUGUCAGGUACCAAGGCAAAAGUCCUACCCUCGGGGAGCUGGUUGUCGAGGAUGUUGUCACUGAUCCAGGGCAACACAGAAGGAGACUUGUGUUUACGGACAGUCUUCCGUAUUGUGAGGCAAGACUUAAACCAGAAAAAAAGCAGAAAAAAGGGAAAAAUAAAGCAAAAGAGACUGGAAAAUUCCUUUUGGACAAGAAUUAUUUGGACUGCGAUUACCUAACAGCUAUGGUGGCUGGUCUAUCAUUUGUCACGGGAACGACUGAUCAGGCCAAAGAGUGUUAUCUGUCAGAUUCUAAAGUGUUGGUGAUAGAGGGGAGGAAUGGAGGCCUUCCUACAUUCUUGCAUCACAACUUCCCCCAGAUGGCACUGACUGUACUGUUUCCUGAUACUGUGAUGCUACAGGUAGCCACAGACUGGUUCAGCUUUUUACCAGACACCAUUAUGCAAGGUCAUUGUGAUAACCCAACCACAUUUAUCAGCAGCAGCAUAACGCAAGGUUUACAGGUGGAUGCUGUAGUAAUUGAUCUGGACUACCUCAAGUCCUCACUUACAAUGGACAGUUUCCUGCAAGAAUCGUUUUUAUCAGAUGUCAAAAAGCUACUUUCACCAAAUGGUGUUGUAGUAUGCAAGUGUCAGUGUGAUCCAAAGGAGACAAAGAAAACAUUGCUUCACAAACUGUCCAGUAGUUUUCCAAACAUUUACUCAACAGACAUUGAGGACACAUCUUACACAGUUGUAAUCGCUCUAAUGUGUGACAAGAACAAUGCAGAUACAUUAGAGGCAGCGAUGUCAAACUGUAAAUACCUGAAUAAUAUACUGGGGAGUAAAGACAAAGACAUUGAUAUAGAUUUAGUACAGACCAUGACAGACGUCACAUUGUUUGAUCCCUAAUUUCGUGGAAGAAGAUUACACACAUAUUAAAAAAUGUCUAAAAUGUA